ACUGGAUUUCAAAGAUGGCAACCAGGUGGGGAAUCUGCAGCGCUGGGAAAAUCAGUCACGACUUUACCGUGGCCUUAAAAAGUCUUCCUCCUGAAGACCACCAGGUUGCUGCUGUUGCUGCCCGAAAGCUGGAAGAUGCACAGCAGUUUGCAAAAAAGCACAGCAUCCCCCAAGCAUAUGGCAGCUACGAGGAGCUGGCCAGAGAUCCAAACAUCGAUGUGGUGUACGUUGGUGUGAUCCACCCCUGCCAUCUGAAGGCAUGUUUGCUCUUCAUGAAUGCCAAGAAAAACGUUCUGUGCGAGAAGCCUCUGGCCAUGAACGCCACGGAGGUGAAGGAGAUCCUGGCCUGUGCCGCGAGGAACAACGUCUUCCUCAUGGAGGCCGUGUGGACCAGAUUCUUCCCAGCUUCAGUGGAGAUCCGUCGACUGCUGGCGGAAGGAAAACUGGGCGAAGUGAAGAUGGUGAGGUCCGAGUUUGGCGUUCCGGUGAUGCAUAUACAGAGAUCCAUGAACAAGGAGCUUGGCGGAGGAGCCAUGCUAGACCUGGGGGUGUACUGCCUGCAGUUCUCCAUCAUGGUUUAUGAUGGAGAGAAACCCCAAAGUAUCCAGGCCGUGGGGGUCUGUGCAGAAACUGGAGUGGAUGAAACCGUGGUGGUCACUCUGAAGUUCUCCAACGACAGGAUGGCCGUGUUCACGUGCUCCUCGGGACUGCAGCUCCAUAAUGAUGCCAAUAUCGUGGGCACUAAAGGCAACAUCAGGAUCCCCGCCCACAUGUGGUGCCCCACAACCAUAGAGGUGAAUGGGAAGGAGAGCCACUACACACUUCCGGAACCGAGCCUACCCCUCAACUUCAUGAACAGCACAGGAAUGCGCUACGAAGCAGAGGAGGUCCGACAGUGUUUGCUCAAAGGUUUAAAGGAGAGUCCGGUGAUAUCACAUGCUGACUCUCUUCUACUGGCUGAAGUGGAAGAUGAAGUGCGCCGGCAGGUGGGCGUGGUCUACAGCCAAGACCGCAGCUAACUGUGCAACAAGAGCAACAGGGUACAUUUAUUACCACAUGUUAUGGUUUUUUUUUCAUUUAAAUGAUCAAAUAAAGCAUUUUCCUAAAAUGUUUAGACACUUAUGUCUUGUACACAAACAGUAUAUUUAUUGUUUUUUAUGUGAGAGGGUGCAAAUAAGAGGAAAUGUAAUGUGAAGUGAAGAACUGGGAGAUGUUUGUAUUCCUAUGAAGACAUGCACCGAUAACAAAAAACACAAUAAUAAGAGUAUCCAUCAAAAGUAACAGGACUUUUUAGAAUCUCAUUUCCUUGUAGCUGAUGAGUAACUGCGUCUUGUUUCUUGGCUGUUGCAAGAGACGUGUGUGAAAUCUUCUCAUGCAAUAACGCCUACUUUAGCAUCCUCUUUAACCCGAUAGAUGCCAGUUUACCUUCUUUACACACACUUUUCUUGUAUUUGUGAUUAUUCUUAACAUGCAUGCAAAAGGAGUUCUAUUUUAAUCCUGUAUAUCAAGAUGCCAAAAUGU